AUAAAAAGGCUUCCCCACGUCGCCAUUUCGAAAUAACGACCGAUAUUCUAGUAAUUUCACAUCACAAUCAGUCUAACUCACUUCGGAACCCUCUGGGCCAUGACGUGGCACGUCCACUUUCCUCCUCCGACAACCCGGUGAGCUGUUUCUUCGUCCUCCCUUCUUUCCACCACUUGAAAAUCACACAAGAGAGAAACCCCAAUUCCCUCUCAUUGCACCCAAAAUCCAAAACCCCCGACAUUUGAAAAAAUUCCGCCUCAAUCCCCUCCAUUUCCAUGAGCCUCACGUUCCCUCAGCAACCCUAGAAAGACAAGCGACAAAAUAAUGGCACGGCGCGAGACGAGCCCUCCGACGAGCUCGCGGUCCGUGACGGAGACCGAGAACGGCUCGCACAAGUUUGUGAUCCAGGGUUACUCAUUGGCCAAGGGGAUGGGGGUGGGGAAGCACAUCGCGAGUGACAAUUUCACGGUCGGAGGGUACCAGUGGGCGAUCUACUUCUACCCCGACGGCAAGAACCCCGAGGACAAUUCCGCGUAUGUGUCCGUCUUCAUCGCGCUCGCCAGCGAGGGCACCGAUGUCAGAGCCUUGUUCGAAUUGACGCUCGUGGACCAGAGCGGCAAAGGCAAGCACAAGGUCCAUAGCCAUUUCGAUCGCUCGCUCGAGAGCGGUCCCUACACGCUCAAGUAUCGCGGCAGCAUGUGGGGAUACAAGCGUUUUUUCAGACGAACUUUGCUUGAAAGCUCAGAUUACCUCAAGGAUGAUUGCUUGAAAAUCAAUUGUACCGUUGGAGUCGUGGUUUCAGCAAUUGAUUGUCCACGACUACACAGAAUUCGAGUCCCAGAAUCUGAUAUCGGAGCACAUUUUGGCAUGCUUUUGGAAAAUAUGGAAGGUUCAGAUGUUACUUUUGAUGUGGAGGGGGAAAAAUUUCAUGUUCAUAAGUUAGUACUGGCUGCUCGGUCCCCUUUAUUUCGAUCCAAAUUUUUCGAUGGGUUAGAGGAAGAUAAGCAGGAGAUUGUUGUAACAGAUCUUGAACCUAAGGUUUUUAAGGCCAUGCUGCAUUUUAUAUACAAAGAUUCCCUUACAGAAGAUGUGGAGUCUGUAUCAUCAAGCUCAUCUUGUCCAUCUCCAGUAUCUGAGACAUUGACGGCAAAGUUGUUAGCAGCAGCAGAUAGGUAUGGUUUGGAGAGGCUCAAAUUGAUGUGUGAGUCUCAUAUCUGCAAGGAUAUAGCAGUGAACUCUGUUGCUGAAAUUCUGGCCUUGGCCGACCGCUGUCAUGCCUCCGAAUUAAAAGCUGUUUGCCUGAGAUUCGCCUCUGAAAACCUUGCAGCUGUGAUGAGAUCAGAUGGCUUCCACUACCUGAAAGAAAAUUGCCCAUCGCUACAGUCGGAGAUCCUAAAGACGAUUGCUGGUUGUGAGGAGGAUUGCAGCAGCGGAGGUGGAAAAUCUCGGAGUGUCUGGGCCCAACUUUCAGAUGGUGGAGAUACAAAUGGGAGGAGAGUGAGGCAAAGAACCUGAUGCAGUGAUGCCUGAUUGUUGUUAUUGUAAAUGCAGGUGAUAAUGUCGAAAAAUUGCAAGACACUUUCUGGUACGUUUUCCAUGUAAAGUGGUGGCCUGAAAUCUGUAAUACUGUCAACAGUUUUCCAUCGAAAUCAGUAAAAAGAGUGUUUAGUUUAGCUUUA